AUGGCAACCAAGAGGAAAAGCUUGAAGCUUCAGCCUCGAGCUCCUUCAAUGUUUCCUUUCCACCAAAGUACUGAUGAGCUGGUAUGGCUGUCCUUCCCCAACCUCCACCAAGAAGAUAUUAUUCCACAAGAUCUGAUUGUACAGGAUCAACCCUCAGUGGGUGCCAACAAAAUUGGAAAAGCCCACGCACAUAAAAUAUUGUCUUCAUUGAACAAUGGAGAAGCAAACACUAGCAAUUAUGAUCGCAAGAAGAUUGUGCGUAGAGACACUGAACAAAAAAGAAGGCAGCAAAUGGCCAUUCUCAAUGCAUCACUUCGAUCACUGCUCCCUGUCGAGAUAAUUCAGGGAAAGCGAUCGGCAUCGGAUCAUAUGAACGAGGCAGUUAAUUAUAUAAAAUACUUGCAGAACAAGAUCGAAGAAUUGAGUAUGAGGAGGAAUAAGCUUAGAAAUUUAAGUCCUGGAAAUGAGAGGUCAGAAAAUUGUGUUGUGGAUCGUGUUAUGGUCCACCCUUGUUGGGGUAGAGUGGAGAUUAUAAUGACUGGCAAUGUCAAAAAGGAAGGUUUGCUUCUGUCAAAGGUGCUUGAAAUCUUGCUCCAAGAAGGAUUUCGUGUGGUUAGCUGCGUUUCAACCAAAGCAAAUGAAAGGUUAUUUUACUCUAUUCAGUCCGAGGUUGAUAAUGAUUUGGAGGGCCUUGAUCUACCUGGGCUGCAACGGAAAUUGAAUGAUCUCAUCUUGUCAUCAAGAAGGGCUUCUGAAAGUGACAUUGUAUCCAUUUGCUGAUCGAGAAGCACUACUCCCUUGCUUUGAACCCUAAACUAGGUUUUGUUUUCGCAUUUUUUGGGUUUUCUUUUCCAAAAAUUCCUGAAUGUACAAAGUUAACCUCUUAUGAAACCCUUUAGAAUCUGUUAAAUUUCUAGAGGAAUAUUACAGCUUCAC